CGCCCCACUUCUCAUUCACUUGGCUCGCACGGCGCAGACAGCGCAGCUAGCACACACCGCCAGUCUGUGCGCAGAGCGGGAGCCAGAAGCCGCGGGGACACCCGGCUAUGCACGCCCCCAACUGAAGAGACGCCUCAACGCCGCAGCUUCCGGCGCAUUGCAAUUUAGCUCAGGCUAGCUCAGAGGGACGUACCCCUUGAGACCCUCGGAUCCUCCCUUCCAGGGCAGUCCCUUCUCAGACGCUCUGCUGAGUGCAGACGGGAGCGCACGGUGGCCCCGGCUCGCCGCAUCAUGGAGCGGAUCCCCAGCGCGCAACCACCUCCUACCUGCCUGCCUAAAGCGCCAGGGCUGGAGCACGGAGACCUUUCAGGGAUGGAUUUUGCCCACAUGUACCAAGUGUACAAGUCCAGGCGGGGGAUAAAACGGAGCGAGGACAGCAAGGAAACUUACAAACUGCCGCACCGGCUGAUUGAGAAAAAGAGACGUGACCGGAUUAACGAGUGCAUUGCUCAGCUGAAGGAUCUCCUACCCGAACACCUCAAACUUACAACUUUGGGUCACUUGGAGAAAGCAGUGGUUCUGGAGCUGACGCUGAAGCACGUGAAAGCACUGACAAACCUAAUUGAGCAGCAGCAGCAAAAAAUCAUUGCCCUGCAGAGCGGUUUACAAGCUGGUGAGCUGUCGGGAAGAAAUAUCGAGGCAGGACAAGAAAUGUUCUGCUCGGGUUUCCAGACGUGUGCCCGUGAGGUGCUUCAGUACCUGUCCAGGCACGAAAACACUCGGGACCUGAAAUCUUCCCAGCUUGUCACUCACCUCCACCGUGUGGUCUCCGAGCUACUGCAGGGUGGUGCUUCCAGGAAACCGUUGGACUCGGCUCCCAAAGCCUCGGACUUCAAAGAGAAGCCCAGCUUCCUAGCCAAGGGAUCAGAAGGCCCUGGGAAAAACUGUGUGCCAGUCAUCCAGCGGACUUUUGGCCCCUCGGGUGGGGAGCAGAGUGGGAGUGACACGGACACGGACAGUGGCUAUGGAGGUGAGUUGGAGAAGGGUGACUUGCGCAGCGAGCCGCCGUACUUCAAAAGUGAUCACGGGCGCAGGUUCACCGUGGGAGAACGCGUGAGCGCAAUAAAGCAAGAAUCUGAAGAGCCCCCCACCAAAAAGAGCCGGAUGCAGCUCUCCGAUGAGGAAGGCCGCUUCGCUGCCAGUGACCUGAUGAGCUCCUCGUUCCUCGGGCCGCACCCACAUCAGCCUCCCUUUUGCCUGCCCUUCUAUCUUAUCCCACCAUCAGCGACUGCCUACCUGCCAAUGCUGGAGAAAUGCUGGUACCCCACCUCUGUGCCACUGUUAUACCCAGGCCUCAACACCUCGGCGGCAGCCCUCUCCAGCUUCAUGAACCCAGACAAGAUUCCCACCCCCUUGCUCCUGCCCCAGAGACUCCCUUCUCCUUUGGCACAUUCGUCCCUCGACUCUUCGGCCUUGCUCCAGGCUCUGAAGCAGAUCCCACCUUUAAACUUAGAAACCAAAGACUAAACUCUUUAGGGGAAUCUCCUGCUGCUUCGCUUUCCUUCCUGCCUAUUUCCAAAACCACAAAGGUUUGACCCACAGAGAAGAUUCAGAGUGUGUGUAUGUGUGUGCAUGUGUGUGCGUGAGUGCGUGCGUUUGUGUGUGUGCGCUUGUAUGUGUGUUCAUUUGUGUAGAACAUUAAGUUCCUUCUGACAUAGGGAAGACAAGAAAAGGAUGACCUGACAUCAGAUGACAGAACUGUGACGGAUCUCUGGGCUUUUCCCUACCCAGAGAAGAACCCCCUUUGACAGAGAUCAGUUGGAUUUUCAUAUGCUUCAAAGGCUUGAUCUGUGAGUCACUCUUUAGUUCAGGAGAUGGGUCUGUCUGUGGCUUUGAGAAAAGGUACUUUCAAAAGAGCUUUCCAGAGCACAGUGCACAGCCAGCUGUUAGGACCCCACCCUUGUCCCUUUAUUGUCGAGGUGACUCACACCAGGCUGACAGAGUGGACAGACUGAGCUUUUUGCUAAGGUGGUGAGGUAGCAAACACUGGCAUGUCACAGUAGUGGUUUGGGCAAAUUUCCGAAGGUCUCCUCCCCCACCCCUGCCUCUGACGAAUAAAGACAAUGAGUGCAGUUCCCUAACUCAGGCUUUUGCGGUGAUACUCUUGCUAAGGAACCGAAAAUGGCCCCCUUUGUACAAGCUGAGCUGCUAGGGAACCAAGGUGGACCUGACCAGUCCCCAGGCCUGUGGCACCUGUUUCUAGGUCUCAUGUCUGUGCUGUCCAGGGAACCAAAGGAUGGUCUCAGAGAUGGCAGAUGCCCCAAGAGUCCCAAAGUGCACAAAGCUAAGUAAUCAAUUGCUACACUUAACUGCACAGCUUCUCAAAGGCCUGGCAGAGCUUUGGCACCCCAAGAUCCUUUCUGUAGGCUAAUUCCUCUUGCCCGGCAGCAUAUGGAGUGUCCUUAUUGCUAAAAAGGAUUCUGUCUCCUUUAAGGAAGUUUUAUUUUUGAUUCAGAGUCCUUGUUUUCUUGACUUGCUCAGCCAGCCCUGCACCAGCUCUUUCGAAAUGCACUAUGCUUGUGUUUUAACUUCUUUUCCCAUUUUUAUUUGGGCAUAAAAGUCGUUGCCUUUAUUUGUAAAGCUGUUAUAAAUAUAUAUUAUAUAAAUAUAUGACAAAGGAAAAUGUUUCAGAUGUCUAUUUGUAUAAUUACUUGAUCUACAUAGUGAGAAAAAUGAAUGUAUUCCUGUUUUCGAAGAGAAGAAUAAUUCUUUUUCUCUAGGGAGAGGAGAGGUUACAGUGUUUAUAUUUUGGAACCUUCCUGAAGGUGUGAAAUUGUAAAUAUUUUUAUCUAAGUGAAUGUUAAGUAGUUGUUUUAAAAAUACUUAAUAAAAUGAUCUUUUUCC